UUUUUUUCUCGUUUUUUUUUUGCGUUCCUGCUACAUUAGUUUUAAAAGAGAAAACAAUUUGUUUUCGAAAUAAAAGCUAGCGAAGCUUUGCGCCCGUGUUUAUGUGGUGUAACAGCUUCGCUCGUCACAAGAUCCGGUGAAUUGAACUGAGUCAACAUCUCUCAUAGUCUUAAAAUAUUGAUCAGUGGAAAUCUUUCGGCGGCGUCUCCUGAAGCCUGCGACGUUGACGAGUACAGUAAGUAUACAGUACAUAGAAAGGCUGUUUCACUUCUUCCUUCAGUCUGUUGAAUGUAGCUGACGAAUAUAACCCGCCAGCCGAUAACACAAUACUGAGGAACACUUUGUUUCAGUUCGUCCCUUUUAAUACACAACAGGUAACGCGAAUAUAACCAGCACUGGCGCCUCGUGAACAGGCUACGGAUUGGUUGAACCAGCCGAAAACUGACAACCACUCUGCAGAUGUUGAGGUACCUUACAAUAGUCUUUUGUUUAUGGUGCCAAACUCGAGUACAUUUGAAAUGCAAAACUCUGGCGGCAGCCUAUGAGGUCGAAGGAAGAUAAUACGUGUGUUUGAUGCCCUUCCGCGGUGGUGAGUUUGAUUGACAGCCGUGGCUACCGCCCUUCAGGGAUGUCGGUGGCAGCAGCAGUGCAAUCAUUUUCGUCAGCUUCAAGUAUUCAAGCGAAGGUGGCCAAACGUAGACAGCCAACUGCUUCUGCUUAAGCUCUUUAUAUCGGAUUUUGGCUCUUGCAAUUUAAGGAGUUUUCAAGAAGUGCUGCAGUUUUUUGUUGAUAAUAAUGGCCUCCAUGGCAACUGCAUAUCCAGAAUUUCCCAAACUAAACCAAGAACCCAUGUUAAGGAAAUGUACUCCUUUUUGUGACAAGAACAAGGAAUGCCCAGAUCAUCAUGAACUGUUGGUGGCCAUUGUGAAUUGUACAGAUAUGCUGGGUUCCUUGUCAAAUCUUGAUAAUUUAAAAGAGUGUGUGGAGAAAUAUACCAAAGGUGGAUGGGGCAAAGAUGAUGAUGUACCAGAUGCUGUCAUGGAGAACAGGUGUCCACUCAUCCACUGGGCAGCAUCCUUGGGAAAGUGUAAUGCUUUAGAGUGGAUGCUUGCGAGUGGAUUCUCCCCUGUGGCAAAAUCCUCAGGAAAUGGUGAAACUGCCCUGCAUAGAGCCAUCCAGUUGCUGUACAAAUCUAGACCUAAAUUUACUGUGAAAGAAUUGAACCCUAAAUUUUCUAAAAUGGUUGGCCUUCUAAAAGAAGCUCUGCUGAUAAAAGAUGAGGCACAUGGAGACACACCUUUUCAUACUGCAGCAAGCAUGCUUGUUAAUGGAGAUCACAAGCCCAACUUCUUUCUGUCUUGCGUGGAGGUGAUAAUAAAUAAAGGCAAGAAAAUGGGUGAUUACUCAGAUACUAUUUUGAAUGCUGUCAACAAUGAUGGAGAGACUGUUCUUCAUAUCUUAGCUCGUGGUGAAAAACACAAAGUUGAGUAUUGUACCCAGGCCAUCAGAUCACUCAUUGUGGCUGGUGCAGACAGAAGUAUCAGAAACAAUGAUGGUCAGACGGCUUUAGACAUUGCGCUCGCUGGUGGAACAGAACCUCUCGUGGAGGAACUAAUCAGGGUGGUUGAAACAGAUGAAUCGGUACUUGACAACCUAUCCACAGCGGAAAGCACAGGAGAGCUAGCUACUUAUUCUGGUCUUCCAACACCAUCACCUCCAACCAGUCUUGAUGGACAUUCCCCUGCAAGUGCUUCAAUCAUUGACAAUGAUGAUGACGAUUCUCUCAGCUACCCUCGCAUUACUCAUGUCCAGUCAGUGAAUAUAAAGGUAGAGCCCCUCGAUGACAAUGAAGAUGCUGAACAGCAAAUACAACAGUUACAGGAAGAGCAAGCUUCAUCCAGUGCAUCAUGUUCUGAAUUUUUGGGCAACUCACCACUGCUGAAGCACCUUGGAGAAGCUGGCUUGCUGCAUGAUGUUUCUGCUUUACUGGCUAGGGCUCGCAGUAGGGAUGAAGGAAACCUGCGAAAAAUACAAUCUCAAGCCAAAGAAAUUGAUGCACAGGUCAACACCAAACUGAAAGAAAUUGAAAGGAUGAAACUGGAGGUUUCUUCCCUCAAACUGAAAAGGAAACGGUGUGACGCUGAAGUUGAAAGACUUCACAAGAGACUUAUGUCAUGUGAUAGUGCACUUAAGGAGAUCCCUGGUGCUCCCACAGGCAUGUAAUUAUCAUGUAGGACAUUGUGUUUCUGCCACAUCAUGUUGAAAGCAUGUCAUAGCCUUAUAAUUAACUGUAAUAUAUAGUUGGCAUUUAAAGACUACACGUCUGCAAUAUUUUGUGUAAAUACAAGAAUAAUUUUAUAAGGACUUGAGAGAGAGAAUUCCUUUACAUAAGGAUACUUAUUGUUGGGUGUUUUUAAAAGUACUGAUGCAAGUACACCCCUGAAUGCAGUACAAUUAUUUUAAGUUAUAAAUUAAUUUAUUUGAAAGAGCUUCUUUAAAUUCCCAGUAGAAUGUGUAAAGGAGUAGAAUAUCCACCACAUCUUACAAGGUUGUUAAUAAAAAUAUUGAGUUAUAAACUGGACCCUGAAACAAAGUAGGCAGCACUAAACAGUUUUAUUUCCAUCAAUGUCAUGCUACUGUACUGAAAUUGAGCUACAAACAUUCACAAAAAUGGGCACAUUUCUCAGAAUAGAUGGUGAAAUGCGCCAGUUGUCCAUUUAGUUUGACAGUCCUGUCACCUAUAACACGGGAACAUAUUAUAAACUAAAGAGAAUUAUCUUCCAUCAACAAGAAAUACUUUUGCAAACUGCAUUGUUUGCAUGUGCAUACCCAGAAAUUAAAAGCAACUUAUAUUAAUUCAGAGAGAUGAUUUUAUACAAAUGUUCUCAUCGUAUGUUGUUGUUAUGUUGUUGUUGUUGUUGUUGGGUGUUGUUGUUUUUUUUUUUAACCGGGAUUAUUACAAUGCAUUCACAGAUCACUUAACAAUUAUUUUUACUACUUCCUUAAAACUCAGAAUUAUUAAACUUGUAAUCACAAUUCAUUUUUUGAAGGGUGGCCUUGUUAAAAAACAUGAUCUUAUUUUGUGUUGCCAUUUUCCCUGUUUUCUUCUGUUGUUUUUUUUCGUGUUGUUGUUGUUUUGCUCUCUUUUGCCAGUGUGCUGGUUCCAAGGAAAAAUAAAACUGAGAAUAGUCUGA